GAGCCGGUGACCCGUUUCAGUUUCAGUUUCCUGUCGGCUUUCUUUGAACCGUCAGCUAGUUGUUGGACCCUGAAGAAUUGCUUGUUGAAACCGUGAUUAAAUCUGACUGAAAUAUUUUACAAUAAUUGGGUGUCAUUAAUAGAUUUCUGACCAGCUCAAGCUAUUGCAAUUGUGAUCACUGGGUUGGACAACCAAUCAAUCUCAAAGCUCUCUCAAAGCGUGUGCUGCAGAAGACUUUUACUUUGACUUUAGUACCUAACAUCUGGAAAAGGUCAUUUUCUUCUGCACCUGCCUUAAGUUAUCCUUUGGCUCCUGGCUGGGGUAGCAAGCAAGCUGCAAAGAAACCAAAGAAAAAGUAUCCUAACCUUUACAUCAUGGAUGCCAAAAGUGAAGAAAUUCUGGCUCCUUUGAGAGCUGCUGUUAAGGAGCAGGGUGAUCUUGUAAGAUCACUUAAGGCUGAUGGAGCAUCAGAGAUUGACGUCAAAAAGGCUGUCAAUGAACUCAAGGCAAGAAAAAAGCUAUUAGAAGAUAAAGAAUUGGCACUUGCUCCCUCAGAAUCAAGUUUUGACAGGACCAAGAUGGAAGAUCUCUUGAAGAGAAGGUUCUUCUAUGACCAUUCCUUUGCUAUUUAUGGAGGUGUUACUGGUCAGUUUGACUUUGGGCCAAUGGGAUGUGCACUGAAGUCCAACAUUAUUUCUGAAUGGAGAAACUUCUUUGUGCUGGAGGAACAGAUGCUUGAAGUUGACUGCACUGUUCUUACUCCUGAGAAUGUCCUCAAGGCCUCUGGGCACGUGGAGCGUUUUGCCGACUUCAUGGUGAAGGACCUGAAGAACGGCGAGUGCUUCCGGCUGGACCACCUCAUCAAGGCCUUCCUGGAGAAGCUGGCCGCCGACAAGAAGACGAAUGAGGCAACCCGCCAGGAGUGUCUCACCACCGUGGCCAGGCUGGACGGUAUGACCCGAGAAGAGAUGAACGCCAUCAUGCGCAAGUACGAAAUGAAGUCGCCCAUCACCGGCAACGAUCUGUCUGACGCCAUGGAGUUCAACCUCAUGUUCAGCACGUCCAUCGGACCCACCGGCCUGCUCAAGGGAUACCUUCGUCCGGAGACUGCGCAGGGUAUGUUCGUCAACUUCAAACGGCUGCUCGAGUUCAACUCUGGGCGACUGCCGUUCGCCGCCGCUCAGAUCGGUAACGCGUUCCGGAACGAGAUCUCGCCCCGCAGCGGGCUGAUCCGAGUCAGAGAGUUCACCAUGGCCGAGAUCGAGCACUUUUGCGACCCGGACGAGAAGGACCACCCGCGGUUCGCGUCCGUCAAGGACCAGACGCUGGUGCUGUUCUCGGCCUGUAACCAGAUGGACGGAGUGGCCGCGCAGACCACCACCAUCGGGGAGGCCGUCGCAAAGAAACUGGUGGCCAACGAGACUCUGGGCUACUUCAUGGCGCGCAUCCAGCAAUUCCUGCUGCGGAUCGGCGUGGACAAGGCGCGGCUGCGCUUCCGUCAGCAUAUGUCCAACGAGAUGGCCCACUACGCGUGUGACUGCUGGGACGCAGAGAUACUCACCUCAUACGGCUGGGUGGAGUGCGUCGGAUGCGCCGACCGAUCGGCGUACGACCUCACCCAGCACACCAAGGCCACCGGCGUCAAACUGGUGGCAGAAAAGAAACUGCCCGCCCCCAAAACCGUCGAUGUUGUCGAGCCUGUGAUAGUGAAGGGUGUGCUGGGGAAGCAGUUCAAGAAGGACGCCAAAAAGGUGACGGACGCGCUGACGGCCCUGUCACCCGAGCAGCUCACGGAGAUGGAGAACAAGCUGAACGAGGCUGGCACCUACCAGCUGACGGCGGCGGACGGCAGCUCGUUCGCCAUCUCCAAGGACGUGGUGUCGGUGAAGCGGCACCAGAAGACGGUGCACGUGGAGGAGGUGGUGCCCAGUGUGAUCGAGCCCUCGUUCGGCGUCGGUCGUGUCAUGUACGCCCUCCUGGAGCACAGCUUCCGCGUCCGAGAGGAUGAUGACCAGCGAACGUUCUUCUCGCUGCCACCGGUCGUAGCUCCGCUCAAGUGCUCCGUCCUGCCUCUCAGCGGAAACUCCGAGUUUGAGCCGUUCGUUACGCAGCUGUCCCGUGAGCUGACGACCGCCGGCGUCUCGUGCAAGGUGGACAGUGCCAGCGGCAGCAUCGGUAAACGGUACGCGCGAACGGACGAGAUCGCCAUUCCUUUCGGCGUGACCGUCGACUUCGACACGCUGAAGGAGCCGCACACGGUGACACUGCGCGAGCGCGACUCGCGCGGCCAGGUCCGGCUGCCGCUCUCGGACGUCGCUCCGCUGGUGUCGAAUCUCUCGCGCGGCCUAACCACCUGGGCCGAGGUGGAAGCGAAGUACCCGCGCUUCGAGCAGCAGGAGACCACCAAGGCCGGCGGCGACAGCUGAUGGGCGCCCGGGUGCACCAGCGCGCACCAAAGACGACCGGUAUUCCGCGACCGGAGGUGACGGAAUAGUGCGGCGGGAGGUAUUUAAUGCGGAACGAGACGGUAAUGUUAUUGUUCAGGAACCGGGUUAUCGCAGAUGAAUUGCUAUUCCUUUUUUGAUAUGGAACAAUACAUAGAUGUGGCGACGGAA